CAACCAAACCCCUCUUCCUUCCUUACUUCAGAUUUCUCUUCUGCUCCUUUUUUUCCCUCCUUGUCUUGACAUUUUUUUUUUGGGAGGUUUUCUUUGUAGCAAAAGGCCAUGGCUAAACUUGUUGCUGCCUUCUUCUUGGCUCUCAUUGCCAUCUCCAUGCUUCAAACCUUGGUCAUGGCAUCACAUGGACAGGGCGGUCACGACUAUGAUCAAAAACAUUAUGGCCCUGGAAGCCUCAAGAGCUACCAAUGCCCAUCACAGUGCACAAGGAGGUGCAGCAAGACCCAAUACCAUAAGCCUUGUAUGUUCUUCUGUCAGAAAUGCUGCAAGAAAUGCCUGUGUGUUCCUCCAGGGUAUUAUGGGAACAAAGCUGUGUGCCCGUGCUACAACAACUGGAAGACCAAGGAAGGAGGACCCAAGUGCCCUUAAACUUGAAGAAUCCUUUACCAUUUUCAUUUUAUUUUAUCCCUAUUUCCUACUUAAAAUCAAGUUCCUCAAUCAUAAUUAAACAUGAUAUUGCACUACUGCUAACUAUAUAUUUAUGCUUUUACUACUACGUGUUCUGGAAAUGUGCUGGAUUUAUACCACUUUGUCACUUCAUGAGGGUACCAACCCUCUAAAUGAGAGUGGCUAAUCUCUGUUCUAUU